AUGCCAGAAGAAAGAAUCUAUUCUUCUGGACGAGAAGCCUACUUCAACCUGAACUCAACAUGGUACGACCCAGCAGGAUCCUGGUUAGAUACUCGUCGAAAACCUUUCCGCUACGUCGAUAACACCGCCUGUGUGACGUGUUGCAACCCUAGGAGCAACGUACCCCGAAGAGGUGGCCAUAAUUACAGGUGCUACUGCUACCGCCCAUGCACUUGUACACCUGGAGGAAACCCAAGAGUUAGAUGUUGUGUUCACAACCCUUCAGGAGGACCCCGAGAUUAUUGGGGACGCCCAAUCGGCGAUGCCUGCGAUGGGUGUACUGGGGGACAUUAUUCUCAUGCGGGGUCAGAUUGUGAGUCAUGUUGUGGAUCUUUGGGAGGGUGUGGAACUGGAGGAGGGACCGUGGCUUGUGCUCAACCAUGUGCUACAUCCGGAGGAGUGUGUGCUGAACCAGGUUGCAGACCUUCCGGGAGAGCGUUGCUUCUUCUUCUUCAAGAACCAAGAAACAUGGGUGCCCAGGAAGACAAGCAUCGUCAACAGGAGGAUGAGCACCCAUCAUGCAGUAACUCUUGUACGGCGUAUGGAAACAACCCCAGGAGCGAAGCUUAUGAUGACCAACAGACUUAUACAACAGAUCCCUGCAGUUACCAAGGGACGUCCGAUCAGGAGCCCCCCGAGCUCCCAAGACACCACCAGCAGAAGAGGAAAAAUUGCCAGGGGUCUCCCUAG